ACGACGUCCUUGAGACGUAUUUUAGACAUCCGUCGACAUAAACGGGACGUCGACAUAAACGGGACUUUUCAAGACAUAUUUCGGACAUCCAAAGGACGUCGAAUUGUUGCAUGGGCGUCAACGUAUGAUUGAGUGUAUUUUUUCAUAAGGGGUGGGCUGCGUCUACAACAUGGCGCUUAUUGUUUACGAUCUUACGUGAUUUGGUUUUGUGUCAUACAAUUACCUCAUAUAUAUACAGAAUUUAACACAAAAAAUUUUAUGAUAAUAAAGACAGUUAGAUUUAAAGGUUUCAAAAAUGGUACAAAAAUGUGUUUACUGUGGAAAACAAAGUGAUAAAGAUAGAACAUUUCAUAGAUUCCCAGACAAAGAAAAAUAUCCACAUUUAGCUCAGAAAUGGAUCGAAAAUAUGAAUGUAGGCUCAGAUGUAAGGAUAUCCAGAGAUACUAGGCUAUGUUCUGACCAUUUCGAAGAAAAACAUUAUUGUAUGAAAAAUAAACGAAAAUGUUUAAAAUUAGGAAGUGUCCCAACAAUAUUUAGCAAAUACAAAUCUGAAUGUGCAAUAUGCAAGGUGAAGAAGGGAAUAAAAUUUCGCACAUUUCAUAAAUUUCCUAUAAACAAUCCACAUAUUUUAGAUAAGUGGUUAUCUAAUAUAAAAAUGGAAAAUUUUUUUAUACAUGUAUUUAUGUAUUACUUAAAUAAGUUUGCAGUAAUAUAUAUAUGUAUGUUAAUAAUCAUUAUUUUUUUAUCAGCUGCAAACAUGGAUUACUACAACGUCACUUACAGCAUAAGGAUAAAUGCAUCGUAACUUACAACAUAAGAAUAUAAAAACAACAUUCGUUGAACUUAUUCUACCACGAUUAUUGUAUAAGAUUAGCAUGAUGAGUUAGAGAUUUAUAUUGUUUUAAAUAUUUCAAGAAGCUUUGUUUAUUUUUUCAGCUAUCAAUAAUUAUAUUGUAUAUAUGUAUAUAUAUAGAUUUAGAUUUUAAAUGAUUUGUACAAUGAUUUGUAUUGUAAACAUAAAUACAAUACAUUUAUACAUUUGUA